UUGCCUACAUUUAAUGCCAGACCGUACCUCGCUCAUAACACUUCAGCUAUGAUUAUGUCACGUUAAUAAACAUUUUCAGUUCGAUAAAAUGGCUAUUAGACUGCCCAAUAGCCAGGUAUUCCACAAACUAUGCUGGUUUAGAGGACAAUCUUUAUUGCUUGCCAGAACAACAACGACAACAAGUUCCACACGUCGUGCCGAAGCAGUAUUCAUUGAGAACCACCCGAUAGAAGUUCCAGUGAUUGCCAUCACUGACAAAGACAAUGUAGAUUUAGUUGGACCACCUGAUCCAAUCUCAAAUUUACGUCCUAUCCUCAGAAGAAGACAUACUUUUGAGACAGAACUUCAGCAGAUGCUUCGGGAGACUCAAGAUGAGACUCAGGCUUGGAACCAAAAAUUUUGGGCUGAACAUAAUACCAGAUUUAUUCAGCAAAGAAAAGAGUUUGUGAAACAAAAGCAUGAAGCUAAAGGUUCCACAGACACCUUAAACGCGGAGGAAAUGAGCGAGUUUUACAAGAUGUUUUUAGAUGAAAACUGGAAUAAUCACAUUCGCUACAAUAUCGCCUGGUACAAACGAAACUUCUACAUUUUGUGGCUCGGUAUACGAGCAUGUCUGCCUCCUAGUCUUCAUUUUAUUGGAAAUUCGGGAAAUGCGAACACCAACAGUGGACAUAACUAGCUGAAUUUGUAGAAAGAUGUAACAUUUUCUGAACGACAAAAACCAAUGAGACCUCCGAUUGUCGUCAGUGCUUUCACUUACUAGAGUAAAAUAAAAAUAAUUAAUUUAUGACGAAUUUGUGAUUCUUAAGUUACUUAAUACAUGCGUAUUGUGAGAGCAUGUGUGUGUAUACAUGUACAAAUAAAUAAUUGAAAUGUUGAA